AGCCUUAAAUUAAAACUGUCGCUCGAUCAGCCGCCAUCGCGCGAAAUAUGCUAGCGUUCCGCAACAGUGUCUCGGCCAUUACGCCUCCACUCUCGUUCGGGACUUUCAUCAAACACCUUCCGACGCUCAUACCAGCAGCCCUCAAUCCCAACCGGAUCAACCAUAGAACUCUAACCACCGCCGCCGUCCACAGCUCAACCCACUUCCAAACCCUAACUUCUCGUCAGAAAGAACAGAUUCAUCUCUACGUCGAUGCUCUCCUUGACUGGAACCAGAAGAUGAAUCUGACUGCUGUUACGGAGGCAAGUGAGGUAAUGGAGAGGCAUAUUGAGGACUCUCUUUCGAUUAUUCCUCCCAUUAGGCGCUCGUAUCUAUCACAUUGUGGGGGUUCUUACGACAAGCUUAGCCUCGUCGAUGUUGGAACUGGCGCCGGGCUCCCCGGAUUAAUCCUCGCCAUCGCGUGCCCUGGUUGGAAAGUAACACUGCUGGAGUCCAUAAACAAGCGCUGUGUAUUCUUGGAGCAUGCAGUUAGUCUUACUGGGUUGUCAAAUGUUCAGGUUAUACGAGACAGAGCCGAGAACUUGGGACAAAAUCUUGGUUUUAGAGAGGUAUUCGAUGUUGCUGUCGCUAGAGCAGUUGCAGAAAUGAGAGUUUUAGCUGAGUACUGUCUUCCUCUGGUUCGUGUGGGUGGUUUGUUUGUCGCUGCAAAGGGUCACGAUCCUCUGGAGGAAGUUAGACGAGCAGAAACUGCAAUUCGUUUGAUGGGUGCUUCAGUAUUGGAAAUGUGCUCUGUUGAAUCACAAGGGCCUCAUGGACAGCGAACCGCUGUAGUAUGUUUGAAAGAACAUCCUACCCCAAGGAAAUAUCCUCGUGACCCAGGUACACCAGUGAAAUCGCCGAUGUAAACAAUUAUGACUCCUGAUCUGCUUGUCCUCUUUGAAUAUUCUUGUUGUACCACUGAUGUUGUAAUAUAAAGAUGCUACAUUCUACAAUUGCUUUGGAGGACAUAUGAACCAAAUUAUGAUCCUUGAUUUAACGUCAUGUACUUUUUUUCCCUGUGCAAAA